UGAGAGAUUGCUAGUCAGCGACUGACUGAACAUUACUGAGGCCGUCAUCAUGGGGGAGUGGUCCUUCCUGUCGGAUCUGUUGGACAAGGUGCAGUCCCACUCCACUGUAGGGGGGAAGGUCUGGAUGAGUGUUCUCUUCCUCUUCAGGAUCUUCAUCCUGGCUGCUGGCGUAGAUAAAAUAUGGGGCGACGAACAAUCCAACAUGGACUGUAACACCGGGAGCGUUGGCUGCAAGAACACCUGCUACGAUCGAUACUUCCCCCUGUCUCACACGCGCUUCUGGGUUCUCCAGAUCCUCAUGGUCUCCACUCCAACCGUCAUGUACCUGGGCCAUGUCCUGCUGGUGAUUCGCAGAGAAAACAAGCUGAGGAGGCGCAUAGAGCAGAAACCAGGUCAAAUCGGGAAGAAUAAAGCCCCAAAGUAUUCAGACGAAUUUGGCCGGGUGCAGCUGAAGGGCGUCCUGCUGGUCAGUUACUUGAUGCAGGUGCUGUUCAAGAUCCUGCUGGAAGUGGCCUUCAUUGUAGGCCAGUACUACCUCUACGGCUUCAUACUAAUGCCUCUUAAGAUCACAUGCUCUGAAUACCCCUGCCCAUCACAGGUGAACUGCUUCAUAAGUCGUCCCACAGAGAAAACCAUCUUCAUCGUCUUCAUGUUGGCGAUGGCCGUCCUCUCGGUGAUCCUCAACAUCAUCGAGAUGUUCCACCUGAUGAUCUCAAAGGUGAGGGGGAGGAAAAGAAGAAGCAGUGGCUCAGAGGUGAUAAUCCAACUGAAAGAGUCACAGCGUGUUGAAGGACUGUGAGCGGAGAGCUUUUUGGAACUUUGCUUCAAUGGUGUUAGACAUAAGGUUUGAAUCACAGCCAGUUUUACAUUGUGCAUCUCCGGCACCAACUGUCAUAUUGUUUUUAUUUCAAGCUCUUCAUAAAUCAGUUCUGCUGGAAAUAGCAGGAGAGAUGUAUCAAAUGACAUUUUCCGAUUCAAGAACAUGGAAUGUGGAGUUGUGCUUUAGUGAACCUUAAAUAAUAAAUAGGAUAAGAACUUUGUUGACACGCAGAAUGUUUGUUUUGCUUUAUAGACCCCAAAAAUCUCCAAUAUAUUGUAGUUAUAUCCAAAAAUAUGUAAUUCAUCAAUAUACCCAGAACAUUUCCAUUGGUUUUCUCAGUGUCAUCUGUAACAUAUGUCCAGAUCUAUAGUCAAUGGGGCCAAAUUGUAAAUCACAAAUCCACAAUGUUUUCGUGCUCUAGUUUUAGGAUUUGACAGACUGUACAUGUUUACUAGUAUGAGUGGCCUGUCUUAGACCAUAGGAACAACAUGAUGCAUUUUGAAAACAGGCCAAGUUCCCCUUAAGUUAAGAGUUAAUGGUUGUUUUCUACAUCUUGCUAGUAGGGGUGUAACGGUAUCCCGCCCCCGACAUUCUUUCACACACACAUACGGGUAUUGGGCCGAGCGCGACACCGUACUUCCGAUCUGCGCCGUUUUACGCGAGGUGCAAGCAGCCGUACACCGU